ACACGGCGCGAGGCACGGGUCGCCAGUGACGGGUCGCUCGCAGUUUCAACUUCGAUUAGUGGCCAACAGGCCUGUUUAUUGUGAAACGAACAUAUUCGCAACUAUUGCAACAGAUCACAAGAACCGUUAGCUUGAACACGCUUGGUUGGUGCACAGUGUCAGACGGGUUGCCAACUUCUCGUCCCCAGCACGCCUUCGGAGCUUACCAUUUCAAGAUAAAGGCGUAAGCGAGUUUCAUUAUGAUAGUUGAAUUCGUCCAUAGGUGGGGGCCCCAUGUGUGAAGAGAGCGGACAAUGUGCACGGGCCGCCUUUUGGACUGCUGCCUUUAGCCCCGUUCAUGACGCUGUUGAUUACAUCGCCCGCAUUUGAAGGCACCGCGGUAUAUUGAACGUCCUUGUGCCCCCGCCGUUUCUGGCCCCAUCACAGGAUGGCGCGGUUCCUCCCUGCCACGGCGCUGGGGCUCCUGCUUCUGGCAUCAAUAGCUAGCGCACGUGUGAUGCGAGGUGACGCCAUGGCCGCCGAGGGCAUCCGGGCGAGCAAGCGUGCCCAGCUGCGCAACGUGCUGCGCGGCCUCCAGCAGGCGGCUCCAGACACGGCUCCAGACCCGCAGCUGCUUCCUGACAAUGAGCCGGCCCCCGCACCGCCCAGCUUGCCGGAGGAUAAUGGCGCCACUCCCGGCCCCUCGGACAACAGCGGAAUGACAACGGGUGCGCAGGGCGGCGGCCCCAGGUACCCGCCGUGGGCCCCGUUACCUCCCAACUCGCCCGGCGACAUCCGCCGUGACCCCGACUCAUCUGGCAGCAACGGCGCGCCUCCCUACCCGCCGUGGUACUGGCCAGGCAGCAGCUGGACGUCGCCGCCCCAGGAGCCCUCCCUGCUGGAGCGUGUCGCCGGGGGCCUGAGCGGCCUGGCCCGCGACCUGGGCCUGAUGGACAUCAUCGACUUCGUGCAGGAGGUGGCGCCGCUGCUGCCCGAGAUCGCCUCCGACAUCGGCACCGUGGCCGGAUACGUGGAUAAGCUGAUCCAGAACCCCGAUGCCGCUUCCCUGCUGGACGCCAACGGCGCCUCUGGCGAGGCCCUCUUUGAGACGCUGCGGGACACGCUGCUGGUCAUGCUGAGCACCGAUACCGGCAGCACCUUCGCCGACGACCUGCUGGACUCGCAGGAUGUGGAUCUUGCUGCCGCCGCCACUGCGGAGGACCUGCCGUCCAUGCUGCGCGAGCUGGGCAAUGGCGUGAUUGUGAGCGACCUGUCCAAGGGCGGUGACGACUACCAGAUCGCGGACUUUGCGCUGGGCUUCGUGGAGGUGGCCGCUGGCAUCGUCGAGGAGGCCGUCCGGCCCGACGGCCGCCUCUCCAUACUCACCGUGGUCACGGACUUCCUGUCCGUCGCAGCCCAGGCUGCCGACACCUUCUCCAUCCACUUUGCCGACGCGGCGGUGCAGGCCGACCAGGUGCAGUACCAGGACGGGCCGCAAUGGCUCGCCCUGCGCCGCCUGACCACCAACCUGCGGAGCGUGAGCGACUCCCUGUCGCGCCUGGAGGACAAGCUGAAGUAAAAGGAGGAAGAACGUGGCGUUUGCUUUGUAGCUAGUUGGAGGGAUGGGUAUGUGUUGGUAGCACGGUCUGUGUGGUGGCCGGUAUGCGCUGGAUACCAGCCAGGCACGCACCCGCAGGCAGGAGCUGUCCCAGACCCCUGCUGUCGGUAGUGGGCAAGGCGCUAACAUGCUAUGCGCUUCACUAAGACACGUUGAGACUUGAGAACGCAAUGGGCGGGCGGAGCGGUGCAGCACAGUGUUGCAAGGGUACGGCCCAUCAAAAAGGUAUCAUGUUAGGUGCGAUGGGACAGGGCGGAUAAGGUGUCCCCAACGUGCGCAGAUAGUUGAUCACCGUGGGUGACGACACUAGGGUGACUGCAAGGGGUACGUGUCGUGAGGUUAUUUUGAUCUUAAACGUGAUAUGAAUGCAUUCUGUACUUGUUACGCUCCUUCCUGAGGAUUGAGUACUUUCGGCGCACUCAUGUGUAUUGGAAGUUGGCGUGGCCCUGCGCGGCCCCAGGAAUUCAUUAUGGAAUGUGACGCCGCCGUUGGAGACAAGAUGGGGCCUAGUCCUCAGUAAAGAGGCCCAUGGCUCCUUCACCGAGCAAAAAGAGCGCAAGCGCGGUCGGGUUAGUUGGUCAGGUACUUGACGGCAUGACGGUCCCCAGACAGGAUGCAAGUUGCUUCGUGGUAUAUCCAAUCAUGCGCAUGGAUGUAGCUCGGUUGCUAUGGGCCAGUAACUUUACCGGA